GCAAACAAAAACCCUAAACGGCUAAAACGCAAGGUCUGUCUUCCUUCCUCGUUUCCUCAUCCUAACCUCGGCUUUGCUUCUUUUGCUCGCCACUUCGAUACUUCUCUCCUUCUAAAGAUGAAUGUUGAGAGGCUACAAAAGAUGGCUGGUGCUGUCCGCACUGGCGGUAAGGGAAGCAUGAGAAGAAAGAAGAAGGCUGUCCAUAAGACAACGACAACCGAUGACAAAAGGUUACAAAGUACCCUCAAAAGAAUAGGAGUAAAUGCUAUACCUGCUAUUGAGGAAGUUAACAUCUUCAAGGAUGAUGUUGUAAUUCAGUUUGUUAACCCCAAAGUUCAGGCGGCACUUGGUGCCAACACAUGGGUUGUUAGUGGUUCACCCCAGACAAAGAAAUUGCAAGAUAUUCUUCCGGGAAUUAUCAACCAAUUGGGCCCAGAUAACUUGGACAACUUGAGGAAAUUGGCAGAGCAGUUCCAAAAGCAGGCUCCUGCUGAUGGUGCAGGUGCAACCAGCACCCAAGAGGAUGAUGAUGAUGUGGUCCCAGAGCUUGUGCCUGGGGAGACCUUUGAAGCUGCUGCGGAGGAGGGGGAAGCUGCUAAAUAGAGUUUUUGAAGAGUUUUGUGUUAUUUUAUAUAUCUUCCAUAUUUUGGAUGAUUAUCUGUUAUGCAACUAUUUUGUGUUUUUAGUUAAUGCUCACCCUGUGACACACACCAAGUAGUGUUUCUCUGGAUGCUUUUGCUAUGAGCAAAGCCUUUCCCACAUUUUCUGGAUAUUGCUGCAUUUUGGAUCAGAUAAGCUUAAAAACAAUACCAUUGUGCGGUAAAUUGUAUGACGGAUGACGGUAGCAAUUUUCAUCUUUUUUUGUUUGGAAGAAUUGCAUAAUUAUAGCAAGGCCAUCCUUUGGGUUUCAGACUUGUACUGCAUCCUUCCCCUUGAAACAUGACAAGCUCCUAUGGUGUCUUCUUACAAAUAAAUUGAACAGAAGUAA